GUGGCCAACCAGGUGGUGCAGGCGCUGCUCACGCAAAAGGUUGGUUCCUGCCGCACUCAGAAGAAAGAGCCCAAACACUUUGAGUUAGCCGGGCUGAGACUGAGGUGGUUGAUCACUCAUCUUUUCCAGGAGGCCCAAAGAAACGGAAAAGCCAGAAGUGCAGCUGCAGGACGGUGGCCCAGCCUGCUGAGCCUGACCUGCCCACGAAGCAGCGGCAGUGAGUCUCUGUCCAGUGCUGGCAGCGAAUACUCCAGCGGCUCCCACACCUGGGCAGACGGACGCGGCUUCUCCAAGCAGGGUGCCUCCAGCCGGGACAAGCGUAUGAGCACAGGCUCGGUCUCCAGCAAUCAUUCAGUGUUCAUCGAGCCAACAGACCUGGGGUGGAAGGAGGGGCAUAUCCUGAAAGGCCUCAAGCAUCUCCAGAUGAACACAGAGGCAACCGCAGCUGUUCCCCACUGCAAAGACUGCAUGACCUCCAACGAGGGCAUUUACUCCUCUGGGGUCAAGUCGCUCCAACAAGGGUCUCCUGCUAGGAAAAGUUCAACAAGAAAACCUUUGACAGCCGAGCCGCAGGCGUCCAUCCUGGACGCUGCUGAUCCAGAUGAAUCUGGCGAACAAUCAACAGAGAAACGUCUCCAUUUGGACUCGCUGGCGGUUUCUGCAGAUGAUGACAAAGGUUCUCGUGAAGACUCGAUUCUUCCAGCUAGCUCCGGCCUCUUCCCCUCACCCGACUCUGACCGCCUCCUGUUUUUAGACGCCCCCACCGUUAAACCUGGUGUGAGUCCAACAGACAGCCUCACAAAGUCCGAGGGCCUCAACAGGAACUCAUUAGAUGGACGCAUAUCAGGAGUGAAGCUCAGCGACAGGAACAACAACCAAGAACAGGCCACUGACCGUAAAUCCAGGCUGGACUGCAGCCARAGGCAGCAAGGCAGRCUUCCUCUGAAGCAAGCAGAGGCGGACGAGGUGAGCUGCUCUGCAACCAGAGCUCUGAAUGAAGCCAGACAGCGAAGCGCUUCCAUGGAAGUGCCCCACUGCAGAGACCAGGCAAAUCCAGCCGGUCGGGACGGCAGCGACUGGACCGGCUCAGAAUCUCCACAGAGGAAACCAAAACCUCAGUUCUGUGACUCGGCAAGGAAAGCUUUCAUUCUGAGAAGCAAGAGUGCAGAUGGAGGCCAAGAUCAGCUCAAACACACCCAUUCUCCUCUGCACCAGAAGCUCAUCAAGGGCCAAAGACCCAAAGGACAGGCGACCGCUCCAGGACACAGCGUGGCCAGCAAACGGGCCAACCAGCACGGGUCCAGCCAGGGCGCAGAUCAAGACGUUUCAACACCGGUCGGCUCCAAGUGUCUGGAGCAGCAGCUGUCUCCGCUCGCAUCUCCUGUGAAACAGUCAAAGAUCCUAAAGUCACCAGGACUGAAGAGUCCAACAAAACCAUCAACUAGAGCCUCCAGCAAUGACUGUGCUGAAGAGAGCAUCUGUGACCACCUGCCCUGUUCGCCGAGGAAACAGAGACGCCAAGGAGACCAGGGAGAUUCGUUCAGAUCAGAGCGAAGGUCUCCGUCGCCGCCGCCGCCGCCGCCAGGCCGAACCACGUCUCUUGUCCUUAAAGCCGCCUCAGACUGCGCAACCAAAGACAGAGAACUGGCAACUCAGCCUCAAAGCUCAGCCACUGGCAAGUCAACCACAGCUACUGACUUCAGUUCUGUUGUAGAGACCCAGCAGUCCAGCACCAUGAGAGAUCAUCAACUUGCUGACCUGCAGACGAGAGACGUCUCCCUCAAAACCUUCCUUACCGAUGGGUCAAAGAUUCCUCACCUCCCCGUUCAAGAAUCACAAACCUCAGACUCCGUUGAGCCGGACAGAAUCACCACAUGCCGCAGUGACAAUGGAUCAGCAGACCAGAACAUCCUGCAGAGAUCCCAGCAGAGCAUCAGCGAGCCGAAGCUUUCUGAAGUCCUGCCUACCGGUUUCUCUAACGUUUACUACCACGGGGCUCCCAGUAACCCCCACACAUCCUCCUCAAAUGCCGUGAAAAGGACACUUCCUGUGAACGCCAAGUCUCACGAAGCAAUCUCUGGACAGAGCGCCAGCACCUUCUUGAUCUUUGGGAGACAGAGUAAUGACGACCCAAACAGUCUGCAGACUUUCCAAACAUUUACAUGCGAUCCCCUAGUGGUGCAUAAAUUUGGUUCACGGGAGAAGUCCUGCCGGAAGAUUGAGACCCGCUGCAGCUCCCUGGACUCUGAGCCUCUGCAGCCUGCAGCGUCCGACGGCGGCGGGAUGCUGGACUGGGGCUUCGAUGAGCAAGGCUGGCUGUUUAAACGCUCCGUGUCCGUGUCCACCAGACCUCUUCUCAAGCCAGUGAUGGGCAUGAAUGGAGCUAAAGCUCGCAGCCAGAGCUUCGGCGCGCGCUACCUGGACAGGCCGAGCUUCAACCGGUCCGGAAAGGUCCGGACGCAGAUCAGAACCCACUCAGGGAGCUCACUGAACUCUCUUGGGGACGUCCUUCCCGGUAGCAUGAGCUGCUCCAGCAGCUACCACUGUCCAGUGAAUCGAUCCCUACUGAGCAACUUUCUGAUUGAGGAAGGGCUGACGGUCCCGUCGCAUCUGGGCUCCUCCAGCGAAAGACUCCAGAGUGUGAAGCUGCAGAGAGAGCAGGCGAGGCGCCUCCAGAUCGAGCAGCAGUUCUCCAGCGCCUUUGGCGAGCCGGUGUCUGAGGAACCCGAGAGACACGGCGCCAUCACCACCAUCGAAGAGAAGGUGAUGCUCGGCAUCGAGGAGAACCUGCACAAGUCACAGGAGAAAACGAGCGAAGGGAAGCAAAAGUCUGGCUCCGGCUUUGCUAGUUGGUUUGGUUUCCGGAAGACUAAACUUCCGGCUCCGAGCGCCAAGAAGACGGAUGCGGCAAAAGCAAAGGAGGAGAAGCAGAAGAUCACGUCUCUGCUGGGAGGGAGGAGCGCGAAGCCGGACAAGAAGAAGGACAGACGGAAAAGUGAUGGGAAGGAAUGCAGAUGAUGAACCGAAGACCCGACGGUGGAAACGGAUCCGGUGUGAGGAGUCAGGACGCAGUGACAGGAUCGCGCUGCGCCAUGCGGACGCUGGACAGCGGAAUCGGGACCAUUCCUCUCCCAGAAUCCUGCUCCUUCUUCUCCUCCAUCCUCA